AUGCAGGCCCCGGGCGCUGGCGAAAGCCGUGGUGUGAGUGGUGCGGGCACCCUGGCGGCCCGAGGUCUCGGAGUUCGCGGCCCGGAGCCCGCCGUGGCCCACAAUGUGGGUCGGGGCGUAAGGGCAUCAGAAGCGGACGGAGUGGCCCAAGGAGAUCGAAAACGGGAACGGAUGGAGGAGUGGCUGGGCUGUCUGGGGAUUAGGGAGGCCGUGGGAAGGCCGGAGCGUCCAGGGGUGGGCUCGCUCACUGUGCCUUUCCGAUCGUCGCUGGAGGCAGACAUCGCCCGUGGGGCCCUGGCCCCAGACGCUGAGCCCCACCGAGAGCUGAUUCACAAGGAGUUCUCAGUGAACGGCAGCGUCCUGGCCAUCAGGUGGACUGCUGAGGACGCUCGCCUCCUCCGACUUUCCAUCAUCAGCUUUCUUGACCACCUUUCCAUGGUGGUGCGGACGAUGCAGCGCUUUGGUCCCCCCAUUUAUCGCUAA